AGUAUUUUUAUUUAAAAUUUAACAGUAAAAUAAAUAGAAAAAUAUAAAUUAAAAUUUAUAUUGUACCAGUAGUUAAAAUUUUUAUACUUUUUGCAUAUAAAAUAUUUUUUAAUCCACAUACGUGAUCGCGAAUAAUAAUACAGAAUUAUUGUAAGUCAACAGGUUUAUAUCAACGGAGAUUUUGGUCAGCACGCAACGGGAAUACGUUGCAAACACUUUAUUUAUUAAUCAACUAAUUUUCGUGUUCAUUUUUUUUCGUUUUAUUUUUUAUUUCGAGUCGGAAUUUAAAUUUCUGUUUAUUUUUGCAAAAUGGUUAAGACAAGGAAAUAUACAAAAGAACUUCAAGCAGAAAUGCGAUCGAUGGUGAACCAAUCGAUGGCCGAAAUAAAAAAGGAGGUGAAAGAAACGAUUCAACAGCAUCUAAACACGACAGUACAGCUUGACAACCAGAAUCAAAUACCAAAUAGGACGGACAACUUUGAUCAAAUAGAACAGAUGUCAGAAUCACAAGAAGUAAACAAACAAAAAAAGAUACCAGUAAUUAGAGAAGACAGAAGAUUAACAAAACCUUUGUUAUUUAAAAAACAUGGUGAAUGGAUGUCAGCAGACCAGUACAACUUCAACAAAUCGCCUGAAGAUGACGAAGAAGUAGACAGCGAGGAAGUCAUAAUCCACGCAGUACCAGGAACAGCACAACAAAAUCUAAAUGUAACAACUCUAACACACGAGGAGAGAGUAUGGAGCCUAGAUAAAAUUAAAAGGAACAUAUUCAUGUCAAAUAUAAAACAAGUAGAAGAAUUGCAAGUACACAAUGCAAUCUGGUGCAAGACGAUGGCUGACAUGAUCAACUGGACAAAACAAAAAGUAAAAACAGAAAAAAACCUGACAGCUCGUAUAGAAAUAAUUGAAUCUAUGCCAAAAAUUACCAGCCGCAAGCACGUAGAACAACUAGAACGAGAACUAGGUAUAAAGAAAGGAGAUGUUGGAUAUUGGGAAAAUUCCAUAAUAAAUUAUAUAGUGAAGGAUGUACAGCUAUGGGACAACACCGAAGAUCUGGAGGGAAUUCAAAACUCAACCCAAAUAUACCAGAAAACGCAACAAGAGAUGGGAUCACGUGAGAAAGGAAACGUGCCCAUGAAUAAUUACAACAAAUAUUCAGUGCAGUACACGCAACCUCAAAUGUAUGCGCACAACGGACCAAAUGUACAGUAUACACACAUACCAGACCAGAGAACCCAAUAUCAAGGUCACCAGGGAUUCAAUACAAUGAAUACUACGUAUAACACGCGUGAAGACAACAUGAAGAAACGUGCAGACAAAAUAAAAUCAAUGGAAAUAUUGAUUAGAAGUAACAACUUGAAAUAUACAGCAGAUUCACAGCCUAAACAAUGGUUACAAGCAUUUACUGAGACCUGCAUCGAACAAGAAAUGGAGUUCGAAGAAAGAAUUGACUUAUUAAAAAUAGCAAUAGCCAGUGAGAAAGAAUGGUUUAAACAGAACGUUAACACAUGGACAAACUGGGAAGAUGUCAAAAAAUCAUUUAAUGUGGCAUUUUGUAAAACAACUCUAGACACGGAAGUACUUCAGGAAAUAUUCAGCAUAUACCAAAGGAAAAAUGAAAAUACACAGGAAUUUGUGAGACACAUGAGAAGCAAAUUCGCUGAGCUAGAAGAUCCAAUGACAACAGCAAAACAACUGGAAAUAAUAAAACCAAAGCUGACCAUAGAAAUUCAGAGAGAAUUGAAUUCUAUGCAAAAGGCAACGACGUAUAAACAAUUUGCUGAAUUAAUAUCAAUCGCAGAAAGCAGAGUAGCGGACAUCCGGAGAGUGAAAGAAGCCAGAAAAAUACCAGUACGUAGGCUACAAACAACAAGAGAUUCAGUGAAUGAAUCUACGGAGUCAAGUUCUGAAGAAGAAGAAACAACUAUAUGCAGAGUAAAAAGAAAAAGCAGGAGAACUGCUGUAAAUAAAAUUAAAUCGAUAAAUCACAAUAAAGAUGACGAUAAAAAAAUUAAUGUCAUCUUUAACAGGAAAAACCAGCACAAUGACAGAGAGAGAUCAAGAUCACGAGAUCGCAGCAAUAGAUCUGGGUCCAACACUUCAAGAGGCACGAGUAAAUCUGUAGGAGGCACCUACACGUGCUUGAAUUGUGGAAUGAAAGGCGGACAUAAAACCAGGGAUUGCGAAGAGGAUAGAGUCGACGUUUGUGUGCGAUGUUUCACCGUGGGAGCAACAGCUAAACAGUGUAGCUGUAGAAAAAACUAACUGAGCGAGUGCGAUAUACGCAGUGUCCCGUACUCGCGACAACGUUAGCAGACUGCGCUUCGGAGCAAGAGGGGGGAGGCCACCCAUCUCACCACCGCAUGGAAACAGAAAGUGAUGGAGUAUCAGACGACCGACAGUCAACGGCCGAAUCAGAUCAAAGUGACAACGGUGAAGUAAAUAAAAACAGGUCUGAUAUAAACAAUAAUUAUAAAAUUAAUAGUAGUGUCCAGAAUAGUGUCGUGAUGGGUAACUGUAUAGCUAAAUGCUGCGGCGCAGACUACUACGUGCCGUCUCCUACAAAGGACAAAACACCUGCAGUACCUAAACCAGCGAUUAAACAACUCAUUACAGUAUCUGAGGGAGCAAACGUGAAGCAAAGCGUACAACUAAGCAUAAUUCAGCAAUACAAAGUCUUCGGAGAAUAUUUGUUACGUUCGAGAUUGAAGAAACCGAGGUACACGCAUGGUUUGAAGUAUUCGACCGGAUGCCCGAUGACAUCAUCCUAGGGAUGAGAUUCAUGAUGGAUAACGG